CUCGAUCACACUCCAAUGCGCUCCUUGCGCACCUAUGUCUCUCUUGCGAGGAGCAGAAAGAUGUGUAGCUGCCAUUGCUAGAACGAAGCACCUCAAUGCCUUCAUCAGCUUGCCUGAGGAGUCUGCGCUUUUGCGACAGGUCCAAGACGCAGAGACAAAUGGUAGGGGACCACUCAAUGGCAAACUUAUAGCCAUCAAGGACAAUAUCUGUACCUCCGACCUUCCUACCACCGCCGCUUCCAGUAUCCUCAAAUCCUUCACGAGUCCCUACGAUGCGACUGUCAUUAAGCAACUCCGCGCUGCCGGCGGCCUUAUUGCCGGCAAGACGAACAUGGAUGAAUUUGGAAUGGGAUCACACUCUACUCGGUCCUUCUUCGGAGAAGUAGCCCAAGGAACAAGAAAUAACAAACGCGUAUCUGCGGGCGGAAGCUCUGGAGGAAGCGCUGUAGCGGUUGCAAGCAAUAAUGCUUGGGCGGCUCUGGGUACAGAUACAGGCGGCAGUGUGAGGCUACCCGCAGCAUAUACCGGGACAAUAGGCUUCAAGCCUUCGUACGGCCUCAUUUCGCGUUGGGGUGUAAUUGCAUAUGCCAACUCUCUGGAUACAGUUGGGGUUUUUGCCAGAAGCUCACAGGAUGCUGGGACUGUUUUUAACGCAUUGAAUGCCCACGAUCCCAAAGACCCCACGAGUCUCCCUGCCUCCACUCGAUCUCGCAUUUCUUCCGUGGUGUCUAAAGCUUCCCGGAAACGCCCUCUCCGAAUCGGAGUGCCCAUCGAGUACAACAUAGCAGAGUUAAACCCCGAGGUGCGAGCUGUGUGGAUGCAGACGCUUCGAAUGUUUGCCAACAAAGGGCAUACAAUCCACCCGGUGUCACUUCCAACCACCUGUCACGCGCUCUCCGCCUAUUAUGUGCUCGCUCCCGCGGAAGCCUCCUCUAACCUUGCGAAGUACGAUGGUGUCCGAUAUGGCAGCCGAGCGCCUGGAUCUGAUGCUUCAUCAGAAACGAAGAGCGUUCUGUUUGCAAAGUCCCGCGGCGAAGGCUUCGGGGAUGAAGUCAAGAGGAGAAUUCUUCUUGGCGCCUACACGUUGAGCGCAGAGGCCAUUGACAACUACUUCAUACAAGCACAGAAGGUACGAAGAUUGGUCCAACACGAUUUCGAUCGUGUGUUCGCUCUUCCCAACCCGCUCUUGGAUGAACAGCCGGCCAAUGGAGAGAACAACCAAGUUGACAUUCUUGUUUGUCCUACUGCGCCCACGCUCCCGCCUACCCUGAAAUCGCUGGAGGGUCAAUCGCCCGUUGACGCAUACAUGAACGAUGUCUUCACCGUGCCAGCAAGUCUCGCAGGACUUCCAGCCGUGAGCAUUCCGGUGGGGUACGUGGUUGAUGGUGCUGCGGCGACGGUGGGAAUUCAAGUAAUUGGGCAAUAUGGAGACGACCAGCUCGUACUUGACUUUGCGUCACAAUAUGAGAGACUUAAACUGUACUAAAUAUGUAGAUCAUUGUGAAUACUAUUGUAAAUAGCGGACGGCCACCACCUUUUUGAAUUGUGGAAUUUAUUGCACAAGUUUUAGAUCG